UUUGUGCGUGGGCGUGUUUGGGAGCUGCAGGUGUGUCCAGGUGUGGGCUCGUUGGGUCAGCAGAGGAUUUAACGGGACUUUGUGUCGGUUUGAGUUGUUUUUAAAGGAGGAUGAAGACGCUGGUGGUGUUCCUGCUCCUCAUGAACGUUUCCCAGCAUGCCUCAGCUGUGGAGCUGUAUGAGGGGGACUCGUUCAUCCUGCCAUGUCAGUUAGACACUGUACUACUAGACAACCCCUCAGUGGUGUGGAGUCGCUCCGACCUCAGUCCUCCAACCGUCCACCAGCGUCAGCUUCAAGGAGACGAACUGAAAGAUCAAAACCAGCGUUACAGCGGCCGAACAUCCAUGAAGACUGACGCUCUGGAAACUGGAGACCUCAGCCUGAACCUGACCAACCUCCAACUGUCUGACAGCGCCACCUACACCUGCUCCGUCACAGACCUUAGAUAUGGCUAUGAGAGACUGGGAGAUGUACAGUUGCAGGUCAAAGAACGGUUUCCAUCCUGGGCCAAAGCUCUCCUGGUUCUCCUGGUUCUUCUUGUGGUUUCUGGAGGUCUUUUAUUUCAUUUCCGGCACUAUUUCAUGUCAGUCCGCUGGGUGGAGGUGGAUUCAGGGGUGGAGUCUGUCCAGCUGAUCUGCAAAACCACAGUUUGUCUGCCUAAAGAUGCUAAAGUGGAGUGGAAGGACAAAGACGACAGGAAGGUCCACGUGUAUGAGAACGGCUCUGACCAGCCUGAAGAACAGGACGAUAAAUACAAGAACCGAACAAAGAUGAAGAGAAACUUACUGGAACCUGGAGACCUCAGUCUGACCCUGAAAUACCCCACAGAUGGAGACAACUCCACCUACACCUGCACCGUCUACAGCAGGGAGGGAAACGUCCUGAUGGAGAAACAAGUGGAGCUGAAAGUCAGAGUCCCCCAGGUGGAGGUGGAUUCAGGGGUGGAGUCUGUCCAGCUGCCCCUCAACACCACAUUUCACCUGCCUGAAGACGCUAAAGUCGAGUGGAUGGACAUCAUUAACAGGAAGGUCCACGUGUAUGAGAACGGCUCUGACCAGCCUAAAGAACAGCACCAGGUUUACAGAGACCGAACGAAGAUGAAUGAAGACCUGCUGAAAACUGGAGACCUCAGUCUGACCCUGAAAUACCCCACAGAUGAUGACAACAGGACCUACACCUGCACCGUCUACAGCAGGGAGGGAAACAUCCUGCUGAAGAGAAAGGUGGAGCUGAAAGCCAGAGUCUGUCAGGUGGAGGUGGAGGAGGGGGCGGAGUCUGUCCAGCUGCCCUUCAAAACCACACAAAACCUGCCUGGAGAUGGUAGAGUGGAGUGGGGACGUGAAGAACCUGAACCAUCAGUUUUGGUCCACGUGUAUGAAAACGGCUCUGACCAGCCUGAAGAACAGCACCAGGAUUACAGAGACCGAACGAAGAUGAAUGAAGACCUGCUGAAAACUGGAGACCUCAGUCUGACCCUGAAACACCCCACAGAGAGAGACAGUGGAGAAUAUGAAUGUGGUGUCCAGAGCAAGGACAUUUGGAUCAGAUUGAAAACUGUGCUGCUGAAAGUCAAAGGGAGAGUUCAGGUCCAGGAUCAAACAGGGGACAUCGGUCAGUACUACAGGCAGAAACCUAGGUGUGCCAUGGGUUCCUCCAGGCCCUGGUCAGAGUCACCAAACCAGUUUGUAAGCAGGUACAGGUGUGGCCAGAAGGGUCCUCAGAGGCACUGCAAGACUGCUUUUCCACCACAGGCUGCCACACACGACAACACCACAGACUUUCAGGAAUAUACAGAAACUGUCAUUGCCUACAUCCCAAAAUGCAUCGAUGAUGUCAUAGAGACCAGGACUGUCACUGUCCGGGCCAAUCAGAAACCAUGGCUCACAGGUCAGGUUUAA